AUGGACACACCACAACCCGCCUCCAACAUCGCGGACCCCCACCCCAAUUCCAGCGCAGCACCCAACGCCAAAAUGCGAUCAGACACCCAGAACACGGACGCUCAAUCGAGCGCCUCGAAAGAUGAGAUGAAGCAGGGCGAUGAACAUCCAGCCAAGCAACCGGAUUUCCAGGCUCAGCCGGAUAGAACGACGGGGAUUGGCGGGAAGGAGGAAGUAAAGGGUGGGAAGGAGGGGUUGGGGGAGCGGACGUAG